CACACACACACACAGUGUUCCUCCGGUCAAUAAUUCAUAUGUAGGCCUGCAGCGCAGCGUCACAGAGCAGCCUGCACACAACUCAGAGCCUCAGGAAGCCAAAACGCGCAACCAUGAGGCAGCAACCUUCUUCCAACCUAUCAGCCACAUCUAAGGGGGGGAGCUCUGGCCAACAAAGAGGCCAGCCACAUGCCACUAUGAUGACAGAGUACCAGGCGAGUUACGUUCACCCUAAAUGCUACACGACCAUGGCCGUGGUCGCAGGUCAUAAAGACCGUUACCAUACACUGAAGGGGACGGGCGUGGACCAUACCACUUUAAGAAAAAUCUACGUUUCCCACAAACUCCACCCCAAUGUUCCACCCAAGGACCGAAAGCCAAAGAUGCAACCAACCAAAGUCCCCGGAAAAUGCAGCUGUUCUCCACAAACUCCCCCAUGCUCUGUACCGAAACAGAUGCCGUCCGUGCUGGAUGGGUACACAUCAGUGUACAAAGACAGUUUCCAAGCAUGGAAAAUAAACAAGCGGAAGCCACUUAAACUGCCCGACGGCUUGAAGGUCAACCAAGGAUUAGUUGUCACAAACGGUACCUACCAGAACAAUUCUGCUCAUGCUGCAGCUAAAAACGUGCAAGAACCGCUACCUUUUGAAAGCGUCACCAGCUACAGAUGCGACUAUGUGAUCCAUCCACUGCAGCCCAUGAUACGCAGGGAGAAGCAUGUGGACUACACCAAAGGUCUGCCGUUACAGCUUUCUGCAUCCUCGAAGCCAAAGCCGGCUCAGGACGUAAACCAAGAACUGCUUGACGAAGACAGCGAAUUAGAUCAGCAAUUCAAGACCUUGUCCCUUGAGAACUGUUGCCACUGCCGAUGCAAUGCCAGAGAACCCAGUCAACUGGCGGAUUACAACAACUUCCUCUCCACAACGCAUGCAGACUUCACGGCACACAACUGCGAGCGCACCCAACCGUACCUGCCUUCUACGCAUAACUUGGGGAAAAGCAGGAAGCCUUUUCAGGGAAUAUCUACCAUGAAGGACGAUUACAGAGCUUGGGACACACCGCGACGCUUCCCCUCUCUCCGUAAAGACCACGACUAUCCCAAGAGAUCCAUCAUUUCACACUGCAUACCCAAGUCUGCCGUGAGCCUGCAGGAGGGUGCAGUCUGUCCUUGCAUCUGUCAUGUCACUAGGACAACUCCUGCUGAGAAUGGAGAAUGUUCCAUCUUGGGAAGCAUCAUCCCUGGGACUGAAGAAUCCAGGAUGGGCUGGACUUCCCCUUUGGACAUAGGAGUAACUUGGGCCAAUGAUGGAAUUUGUGCAGAGGCCCCUCAGGACCCACAAUUAUGCAGCUGCUUGGCUUCUGACAGAAGCUAAGCUUACCUCAGGUAGUUUCUACCUUUGCAACAAUAAAAGCCAUAAACAGUACUGAGA